GUGUGUGUGUGUGUGUGUGUGUGUGUGUGUGUGUGCGAGAUAAAGCUAGACAAAUUCAGGACACCAAUGUUGUGCUCUAGCAAAGUAAAUGACGAAAAACUCGAGACAAACAAUGCCUUUGACAACUCCGCUUGUCUAUGGACGUCGCGCUGUGCCCAACAGUUAACUCGCCUUUGUCCACAUUUUUUCAUCAGGAGUCAGUAGAAGCGAAUGUCGGAUUUCGAUCGUGAAAAGCACAUUCGCUACUUUGUAGCCAAUCUACGAAUGCUGCCUUCAGCAUACACGGAGACAGAGACAAACAGAAUGACACUCGCUUUUUUCUGUCUGGCGUCACUCGAGCUUCUUGGAGCUCUGGACACAGCCAUAUCAGCACAGGAUAAACUCGACUGGAUAGAAUGGAUUUACGCACAACAAAUUCGAUUAGAUACCAAAGGCCUGAAUAGAGAGCAUUGUGGAUUCCGGGGAUCGCCGUGCACGGGACGUGCCUUUGAACCUCAAGCGACAGAGACCGAGUAUAUACCCUAUGAUACAUCGCAUAUUGCAAGUACCUAUACCGCCUUGCUGAACUUGCUGAUACUUGGAGACGACCUUUCGCGUGUGGAUCGCGACGGUAUUGUGGGGACCAUCAAGCGCUUGCAACAAGAGGAUGGCAGUGUUGCUCCGACGAAUAACAGUCUGGAAAAGGAUGCACGAUUCUUGUAUUGUGCAUGCGCUGUAUCCUACAUUCUGGAUGACUGGCGUGGCAUAGAUGUAGAUUUGUCUGUAGAAUACGCUAAACGUCUCCAGACAUAUGAGCAUACAUUCAGUCAGUCGCCCAACACCGAAGCACAUGGCGGAUCGACCUUUUGCGGAGUGGGAGCAUUGACGCUGAUGGGAAAACAAACGGAAGGAUUGAUAAAUAAGGAAAAGCUGAUAAAAUGGUGCUUAAACCAGCAGACUACCGGAUUCGCAGGUCGACCCAACAAGGAUGCUGACGCGUGCUAUUGCUUCUGGAUUGGUGCCGCAUUGGAGAUGGUUGGUGCGUACCAGCUUGUGAACCACAAGAACUGUCGCGAUUUUCUUUUAGCGUGCCAGACUAAAGUUGGCGGGUUCGGAAAGACGCCUGGGACGUAUCCUGACCUGAUGCACUCUUAUAUGAGUCUUGCUGCGCUGUCACUGAUGGACUACGCAGGGAUUGGCAAGCUGAAGGUCGCGGUCAAUGCGCCAAAGCGGUCGUUUGAAAAAAGGAAUAUGGUGGCAGCGGCGAGAAAGGAGCAGCACAUUUGAGAAUCCACCAGAAAGCCACCAGCACACAGUAUUGGUUUUGGGGGGACGGGGGGAGGGGCUGGGAGCGACGUGAUAGGCUAGAACGGAAAGGUCUUUCUCCGCAAUUCGAUUUUAUUCUUUUUAUUAUGCAGCUGAAAGCAAUCAUCAUCGACGCUAUAUAAAACCCUUCACGUCUCACAUUUCUGGUUUUCUUUUUCUUUUUUUUUUCAGUCCACAGCGC